AACGCACGUACUAGACGGGGUGGAAAUACAAGCUAGAUAACCGCUUUCAUUUGAAUUAAUGUGUUUUUAAAAAUAAUCUUUAAAAACUUUGAGAAAUCCAUUCAAAGUAAGUGUCACAGUAACUGCACUAUACAUAAUUGCUCUUGACCACGAGUAGUGCACACAGAGUGCAGGUCUGGCUGAAACCGGAACCAUCCCACUAACGUUACCUCAACUAUAAGCAGUCAGCAUGGAGGGCUGUCAAAUGUCCUGCUCGUUUUAUGGGUGCGAGAGGACCUACAACAGUCCAGAAGCACUGAAUAAUCAUCUUCAGGACCAUCAAAAGAACACUGACAAGUCUCUCCCAGGGAAAACUUUCCUGUGCUCUCAUAUAGGAUGUGAUGGUUCAUUCAACAACAUGCAGCAGCUAAUGGAACACAUGAGGCACCACUACAAGCCAAAUUAUUUUUUCCUGUGUGAGAGCUGCAGGGCCAAACUGCGUUCUUACCGUACUCUUCUCAAACACCUGCAGACCUGUGCUAAAGUUGCUAAGAACAAGGCUGCAAAGGUUGAGACUGGAACGGCACCUGACGCAGAUCCCACCAAUGUUCCUCCCAUUUCCGGUGACCUGGAUUCAUCUGGACCCCUUUUAGGCCCAGAUGUACCUGAGGACAUGGAGUCUAUGCCCUCUUUGCCCACAAAUCCAACACCAGCAAACAUGACCGUAACCCAGAAGCCCCCAGAAAACAAUGCUAACCCCACACCUGCAGAGCCUGCAACUGUACCCCUUGACACUAUAAAUCCUGCCUCAACCGAAACUCUUCCUUGCCAACCCGAAUCUCCCUACAGCUCCUUUCCACCCACUCUGUCUCCUGUUAACCCAGCCUUCCAGGCAGACCUGGGCCUACAGCAGCAGCAGAGGUCUCCUAGGUCUGGUCCUCCCAGUCUAACGGCUUCACCGCCCCUGCCAUCACCACCAGGAUCAAACGCAGUCUGGAGGAAGAACCAAGGUGUGAGUUCUUAUGAAAGAGAAUUUGUAAGUCACUUGGGGGAGGAAAUUGCUGCUUUGAGUGAACUGUGUUUUGUCAUGUUGCACUGUCCUGCCAGACCCGCCUGCGCCCCUUUUGCACAGAUGGGACGCUCCGAGCAGUCAGAGUUUAAAUAGAGAUGAAUUACAGGUGAGGCACAGAGAAUCCACACACACAUUGUUUGAGGAAACAAUCUGAUCUUCCCUCAAAUGAUGCUUUAGAUGCUAAUCCUCCUCCUCUAACCGGACUCCGUGUUUACCUGGGUCUGCCAUCUAGCUGUACGACCCAGUCCACUCCCAUAUGAUCCUAAACACAUAUGUCCGGCUGCUUCACUAACAUGUAAUAAAACAUUAGAGAGUGUGCUUUCAGGGCCAGUGUUGCUUUACGUUUUCCUUUUCCAUUAGCACUUUCUAUCGAAAAUCAUGUGAUCAUUUCUGGCAAAAGAUGGUGCUGUAUCAUCAUAAUUGACCAUGUGUGGAGAAGUUGACAGCUCUUGCUAAUUCCAACACCUUAGUGCCCAUAUUCAUUCAUCUAAACAGGGUUCAUUGCCUUCAUUAUGUGAAUAAUAUAUUGCUCUUGUAUAUAUGAGCCGAUGCCAGUGAUCACUGGGGUUCUUUUUCCAGCUCAGUAUUAUACUUUUUACUGGUGAAGGUUUUUCUGUCUGUCUACAAACAUUCUCAAUGAAUGUUUAACCAUGAAUAUAAUAGUCUUUGAGUUAGUUUUCCCAUGAAUUAAAUCUGUCAGGUCAGUCCUUCAACUGCCGCAUCCUGUGGGAGCACACAAGAGGUCGGUACAGUUGCCUACAGUGCGGACACUGCACCCCAGACCGGGGGGAGAUGACCGCUCACAUUGAGGGCCAGCACAAGAACCCAAGGGGCAAAGUGAACA